AUGAUUAAGCUCUUGAUAUUGGGUCUCGCUGUCUUUAUUCAUUGCUGUGACUCUGGAGUUUUAUGUAAAGACAAAAAAGAAAAGAAAAUUUGUAAAAAAAUACGAUGGAGGAAAAUUAAAAAAACAACCACUGUGCCGCCCACUACUACAACCAAGGCUACGACGACGACGCCUGUUCCAAUACCAGCAACCCGGAAAUUCGUUCCUCGUAGACCGGUUAGAAGACUUAAUACUUUGCCUGGGUCACGUCUUUUCCAUCCAAUUGUGAAUCAAUCUGUAGAUUUAUGUACUUUACCUAUGAGUUCAUUGAUCUAUUUUCUUAAGUUAUAA